AUGCUGGGAGGACUUGACUCACCUACAAAAGAAGGCGGUUGUGACACAAAGUUGUACGAGGAAGAGGCUGAAGAAAGUGGAGUGAAGAGCGAACCAGAGAUGUGGCCUUCAAACUGCAGCACAUCUGGCCGAGACUAUGCAACAGGAGUGGGUGGACUGAAUGAGCAUUCAACCUCUCCAGUGGAGAAGUGCACUGAGUCAUCUGUGGCUGGCAAAAAGACCAAGCUAUACAGCUGUGCUGACUGUAGCAAUAAGACACCAAAGUUUAGUCAUUUGAAGGUACACAUUAGAAAACACACUGGAGAAAAACCUUUCAGCUGCGAAUUUUGUGUUUUUAAAAGUGCUAGGUUAGGUAAUUUGAAAGCACAUAUCAGAACACAUACUGGAGAAAAACCUUUCAGCUGCCAGUUCUGUGACUACAAAUGUACUAGGUUAGAUGCUUUAAAAGAACAUAUCAAAACACAUACUGGGGAAAAACCUUUCAGCUGCGAAUUUUGUGAUUUUAAAAGUGCUAGGUUAGGUAAUUUGAAAGCACAUACCAGAACACAUACUGGAGAAAAACCAUUCAGCUGCGAGUUUUGUGAAUACAAAAGUGCUGAGUUAGGUAAUUUGAAAAAACAUAUCAGAACACAUACUGGAGAAAAACCAUUCAGCUGCGAGUUUUGUGACUUCAAGAGUGCUCAGCUAAGUACUUUGAAAGCACAUAUCAGAACACACACUAGAGAAAAACCAUUCAGUUGCGAGUUUUGUGAAUACAAAAGUUAUCGGUUACAUAAUUUGAAAGCACAUACCAGAACACAUACUGGAGAAAAACCAUUCAGCUGCAAGUUUUGUGAAUACAAAAGUGCUGAGUUAGGUAAUUUGAAAAAACAUAUCAGAACACAUACUGGAGUAAAACCAUUCAGCUGCGAGUUUUGUGACUUCAAGAGUGCUCAGCUAAGUACUUUGAAAGCACAUAUCAGAACACACACUGGAGAAAAACCGUUCAGUUUGUCGGUUCUUGUUAUGGUUUGUCGAUGCUAUGUCGUGUCGGUGCUAUGGUUUGUCAAUGCUAUGUCAUGUCGAUGCUGUGGUUUGUCGAUGCUAUGGUAG